CACGCAGAGCCGCCACGUCGCCAUCGUGGUCUGUCCGAGCUUGCGCCGUGCACUGAUCCCUCCUCUGAGACAGCAACUCACGGCAGGCUGUAUGCGAUGUCUUCCCUGCGCACAGCCCGGCAAACAUGCACGGCGCGCCUUGGCGCCCUGACGCUCGAGCCUUGUUUGCGCAUUCUGCUCUACGACCUUCUCUUUGUACAGCUCUGCAUACAGUGCGAGCUCAGAUGGAAGAAAGGCUUCUUCCUGUUCUGAUCUCGGAGCUAUAAGAAUGAACGCUUGCCCUUACUCCUCAUCCACUCUCGUCCGACGCAGAUCAUCCAGCACUACAGCACGCUCUUUGCACCACACUCUUUUACACCAUACCCGCAAAGAUGAAGAGCAUCUCCAUCCUCUCAAUCCUCGCCGCCGUCGCGCUCGCUCGGGCCCAAGUUCUCGAUAAGCGAAACUUGCCCAUCUGCACCUCCACUUGCCACCCUUUGCUCGGUCUCGACCUGGGCGGCUCUGUCUCUGUCUCUGCAGGAGCAGCUGCCGGUCUCGGACUAGGUGGUCUGUUCGGCAGUGGUCUCACUGCAGGCGCAGGUGUAUCUGCGGGCUUCGGCGUCAAUCUUGAUCUGUUCUCUCAGUGCAUCACCCGCUGUGACCAGCGAGGGGGUGUCGUCAGCGGCGGAUCAGGCUCGAGCGGCAAUGGCGGUGGCGCAACGACUUGCACCAAAACAUCAGGCGGUGGCUCCAGUGGCGGCGGAUCGAACGGCGGCGUCACAGUCACACCUACCGCCAUCACUGCGACGCUGCUGAGCGACACUCAGCCAACGACGACCAUCAUCGUGUCGAGCGUCAAGGCCAGUUCGAGCGCCGUGCAGUCAAUAUGGACCAGCGCUGCCCGAUCGAGCGCGGAAGCUUCCUCGACUGCAAUCGCGACAGUGCCCGCGCAAUCGACUGUCAUCAUCCGUUCGACCAUUAUCGCCAGCUCGAGUGCCGCUGCCAGCUCGAAAGCCAGCUCAGUCGCUCCUUCAAGCUCUGUGUACAAUGGCAGUGGCGCGAGCUCGGUCUACACCAGCACGGUGCAGGCAAGCUCAAAAGCUGCUUCUUGGACUACCUCUACUCGACCUGCGACCACAAUCAUCGUCACGAGCUCCGCAGUACCUGCUACGUCCACCAAGGCCUCAUCAGUUUGGCAGUCGAUGACAGGUAGCACUACCACUGCUGCCAUGGCACCUGCUUACACCUGUCGCUGCGCCGCAUAGAUGCUCAUCAGACUUGUCUUAUCAUUGCAUACUCCCCGUUCGUAUCCGUGUCU